AUGCAAGCAGCUCUACAGGCACUGGAGAAGACUCCAGUGAUGGCUGCAAGCGAAGCCCAGGCCUUCGCUGUGCGCUGCUUUCCCAGCGAAUGGCCCAGCGUGGAAGAGGCCGAUAUCAAGGUCAGCCGUCUCUCUGGUGGAUCGCAGAAUCUUCUGACAGUUGUAAGAAGGAACCACAACACUUCUCAGAGCCGAGAGCCGGCUGCGCUUCUGAUCCGCCACUAUCCUCCGGAACAUGAAGACGGCGCUCAAGUAUAUCAAGCAUCUAGAAUCGAGGAAACUCUCGUCGCUUUCGAGGCUGGGCGAAGAGGAUGGGGCCCCAAGCUAUACGGUACAUUCAAGAGCGGCAGGAUCGAGGAAUACGUGAAGUCGCAUCCCCUGACUCCCAUCGAAGCCUGUAGCAAGCUCAUCAGUCAGGAGAUCGCUCGGAUGUACGCUCGCUUUGCUUCGCUGGAAGUACCUCUCGGCGCUGGAAAAGCUUUGGAUGUGCUGGAGGCCGCCGCACGGGACUAUGGGACAUUCGGCACUCGCAAGGCAGAGUUGCAGGAACACUUCUUGGCGCUUGCCCAGCCAGGAGUUGAAAAUCUCGUCAGCGAUGUCCUUCAGACAGACUGGGAGGCUGAGGCUCAGUGGGUCCGAUCGCUGUUCGCCAAGCACCGCUGUCUAUCCGCAGUCACGCAUUUUGACAGCAACUUUAUGAACAUUCUCGUUCGAGAGGAUCAACAUGCUGGUAAGACAAUGCUGAUCGACUACGAGACUACCAUGUCUGGCUUUCGAGGCAUCGACAUUGGCAGUCAUUUCGCCGAGCAUAUGUUCAGCUGGACGCACCCGCAGAACCAGCUUAACGGCCAUCCGUUUCCUUCCUUGGAGGCGCGAAAGCAGUUCUGCGAGAUCUACCUGGAAGAGAGCGUGCGACUCGGCACAAGUGGCGAUAGCGGAGACGAGCAAGUAAAGCAUCUGUUUGCGGAAUCGCAGAUCGGGACCUUGUUUUUCGUGGUGCGGACGCUGGUUGACCUGCUCAAAUAUCCCGAGCCAGCGUCGGUGGAUGCGACGAGGGCUAUUGUCGAUGUCUAUCAUCAGACCAAAGCCGAAUUGCUCUCUAUCUCUUGA